AGCACUGCUGGCAGAACAUCUGCCGGAGGGAAGAGCAGACCCUGGUGCAGAAUGGCCUGGAACGUCUCCUGCGACUCCUGGCUGGCAGCCGAGGCCGCUCUGGAGCGGUACUACCUGCCGGCCUUCUACGGGGCGGAGUUCGCCCUGGGCGUUCUGGGGAACACCACGGUGGUGCUGGGCUACCUCUUCUGCCUGCGGCGCUGGAGCAGCAGCAGCGUCUACCUCUUCAACCUCUCGCUCUCCGACUUCGCGCUGCUGUGCACGCUGCCCGCGCUCGUGCGCGGCUACGCCCGCGGCCGCUGGGCGCACGGCGCGGCGCUCUGCGUGCUCAACCGCUACGCGCUGCACGCCAACCUCUACACCAGCGUCCUCUUCCUGGCGCUCGUCAGCGCGGACCGCUACCUGCUGCUGCGGCACCCCUUCCGCCAGCACCCGCUGCAGAGGCGCGGGCCCGCCGCGCUCCUGUCCGCCGCCGUCUGGGUCUGGGUCACGCUCGAGCUGCUGCCCAUCCUGCGCGUCAUCGGCCCGGCGGCCACCGAGCCGGACGCCGGCUGCCUUGACUACGCCAGCUCGGGGGACCCCGAGUUCAGCCUCGUCUACAGCCUGUGUCUGACCGUGCUGGGCUUCCUCGCGCCCCUCGCCAUGAUGUGCUUCUUCUACUACAAGAUGGCCGUGCUCCUGAGGCAGAGGAACCGGCAGGUGGCCGCCGCGCUGCCCCUGCGGCGGCCCCUGCGCCUGGUCGUCCUGGCCGUGGUCAUCUUCUCCGUGCUCUUCACGCCAUACCACGUGCUGCGCAACGUGCGCAUCGCCUCGCGCCUGCGCCGGGGCGGCGACGGCGGGCCGCGCUGCGCACGCGUCAUCAUCCGGGUCCUGUACAUGGCAGCGCGGCCGCUGGCCUUCCUCAACAGCGUCGUCAACCCCGUCUUCUACUUCCUCGUGGGAGACCACUUCCGGGACAUGCUCGUGAGUAAGCUAAGGCAAGUCCUCAGAUCGCUGACGUCCUCCAGAGCUUGACGGGCCCUGGGAUGUGGGCAGCCCUUUAUCCGUGAGCCCGCAGCUGUAGACCUGGUGCG